AAAUCAAACAAACCCAAAUACAUUCUUAAGCUUAAAUUUCCCCUCCUUUUUCUUGCAAACACAUAACAAGAUAGAGUCUUAGUUAUUAUACUUCAAUUUUUCAAUGGAUACUUAUGCAAACUUCAGCUGCGAACUGAGAAUAUUACAAGCCCGAAACAUUGAAUUCAUCAAGUCCACCAAAAACUUGUUUGUCAGGAUUUAUCUUCCUAUAGGAAACAACAAAAGAAUUCAACUCAACAGCAAAAAUGUUUCUGCCAAACUAGGACAAUUUUGGGACGAGUCUUUUAAUCUAGAUUGCUCUUGUCCCCUAGAGUUCUUGGAAAAGCUUAAUCAACAAAGCCUUGUGUUGGAGCUAAGGCAGAAGAAGAUGUGGGGCUCACAACUUAUUGGAAAAGGUGAGAUUCCAUGGAAGGUGAUUUUUGAAUCACAAAACAUGGAGUUAAAAAAAUGGUUGAAAAUGGAUUUGAUGAGUGGAAGUGAUUGCAAAGAGGUUAUGUUGACAACACCAGAAGUGGAAGUGGAGAUUAAAGUAAGAGUGUCUUCAGUUGCUGAGAUGGAGAAGCAAAAUAAAAGGAGGUUUAAUAAUUGGAAUGAGUGUGGAUGUAAAAAUGGACAUGAUCAUAAUGCUUGGUGCAACGCAGAAGAUUGUGAUACAUUUGCGUUUGGUGCAACUUUGGAGGCUUUUUGAUUUUGAUGCAAGAUUAUGCCAUGUGCAUAUACGAACUAACAUCAACUAAUUUUUGUAUCAAUGUAAUGAAUAGGUUUUUUUGGCAAUUAUAAUGGAUAUUGAUUAUACAUGAAUAUUGAGUUUUUUUUUUUAAGAUAGAGAGACAAAAAAAAGAAGACUUUAAAAAAGAGAAAAAAGGAGAGAACAUUAUUCCCGUUUUUCUGCAACUAGUUUCACUAAUUUGACGAUUUUAAAAUCGUUAACUGCCAGAACGAACUUAAAUUUGGAGG